UAGAAACAUGGCAGUGAAUGUGGUGGGUUUGGUGGUACUCUUAUUAUUCUACCUGAUCAUUAUAACUGUUGGAAUUUUGGCGGCUAGACUAAAAAAGAAGGCCACAGGGACGUCUAGAAUGGAGGAAGCUAUUGUAGCUGGGAGAGAUAUUAAUGUAAUUGUAGGAAUUUUUACCAUGACAGCCACAACAGUAGGAGGUGGGUACAUUAAUGGAACAGCGGAGUCUAUUGCAUCAUCAGGCAUGGUGUGGACCCUGGCGCCUUUUGGGAUCUUCCUCGGACUAAUCACAGGUGGAAUAAUAUUUGCUCGUCCAAUGCGAGAACAUCAAUAUCUGACCAUGCUGGACCCUAUUCAGGAGAAAUCUGGAGAUGUAGUGGUGGUUCUGGUGUAUUUUGCCACGCUGUGUGGUGAUGUGUUUUGGACUGCUUCCAUCCUUGUAGCUCUGGGUACAAGCCUGAGUGUGAUUGUGAACAUUCCCCUCAGUCUAGCCAUUCUGAGCUCCUCAGCUGCCACUGUUUGUUACACUAUGUUUGGUCAGAUGAUCUCUGUAGCCUACACAGAUAUCGUUCAGCUUAUCUUCAUCAUCACUGGCUUGGGUUUAAGUUUACCUUUUGUUCUGACCAAUGAGAAUGUAGGAAGCAUCACUGACACUACAGACACCUGGAUUGGACAGUUUGAUGUCGAUAUGACCAGUCCUUGGAUUGACUUGUUCAUUGCCAUGAUUUUUGGAACCAUUCCAUGGCAGGCUUACUUCCAGCGAGUCCUGUCUGUCCGCAGUAGUAGACAAGCUCAGAUUCUCUCUGUAGCUGGCGCCUUCAGUGCAGUUGUCCUAGCAAUUCCUUCUGUUCUCAUAGGGGCAGUGGCAACCAGUGCAGAUUGGACCAACACCAGUCUAGGAGCCUCUCCUAUGACAAUGAACCAAUCCAGCAUGACACUGCCAUAUGUUCUGCAUGAAUUCACACCAAGAUGGGUGGCUGUCCUAGGCUUGGGAGCCAUCUCGGCUGCUGUUAUGUCCUCCAUGGACAGCUCCAUUCUGGGCUCCAGUUCUAUGUUCACUAACAACAUUUACAAAAGAAUAAUCAGGAAAAAGGCCCAUGACACAGAAACACUCUGGGUACAGACCAUCUCCAUCUUCUUCGUGGGAUCCCUUGCUACGCUGGUGUCUCUGUUUGUACCCAUUGUUUACGGAUUAUUUGUUCUAGCAGCAGACAUUGUGUUUGUGAUUGUUCUACCUCAGCUGUUCUGUGCUGUUUUCAUUAAGUGGACCAAUGUUUAUGGAUCCAUCACUGGAUUCCUUUUAGGAACUAUUCUUAGAAUGGGAGCAGGGGAAGUCUUGUUAGACUGGCAGCCAUUUAUAGAGUACCCAUUCUACAAUGUGAACUCAGGACAACAGUUUCCAUUUAGAACGUUUGCCAUGAUUGUUUCCUUGAUUACUGUGGUAAUAGUGUCUUUAUUGGCAGACCUAAUAAGAAAGUAUUUGUGUAAGAAGUCUCAGGAUAAUAAGUACACAGUACAAGUGGAAGGGGAAGGUAACUCACACACUCACCAUGUAGGAGGAAGUUGUACCUCCAGCCACCCACUCAUCUCAUUGCCCAGCUGAGUGUACUCGGUAGAUAAAAAUGGUUACUGUAUACAGGAAUAUUUUUUCCCUCUGUUAUUUUUGCCCUUUCACACUUGCAAACAAUUUUGCCUCAUUUUAAAUUUGCCCAGUCACAGUUCUGUUUAAGUAAUUAUACUGUCUUCUUUGAAUUCGCCCCGUCAUAAAUUCGCCCACUUGUGUCUAGGGCAAAAGGGGCAAAAAUAAAAAAAUUUCCCCUGUAUACAAUACCACUUUUGUGGUAAACAUGGUAAAUAAGUAGUAGUCUUGGUACUUCUGAGACUGUAUAAAAGAUGGGUACUCAUUAAAGAUAUGAAUCAAGAUAGCAGGCUCGGUAGUAAUCACUGUGUCUAUCUGUCUGUCUAGUUGUCUGUCUGCCUGCCUGCCUAUCUAUUGAGCUGUCCAUCUGUGAGUCUGUCAACACUUUUAUGUGAUUGGAUAGCUUGAGUAACUUUCAAAGUACAGCUUUUAUACUUACUGCAAUACAUAGUGGAGUAUCGCCAGAAAAAGACACCUAUAGUUUUUAGCUCACCUGAGCUGAAAGCUCAAGUGAGCUUUUCUGAUCACAUUUUGUCUGUAGUCCAUCUGUCCGGCUGUCUGUCUGUCCGUCCGUCCGUCUGUCUAUAAACUUUUCACAUUUUCAACUUCUUCUCCAGAACCACUGGGCCAAUUUCAACCAAACUUGACACAAAGCAUCCUUAGGUGAAGGGGGUUCAAGUUUGUUCAAAUGAAGGGCCACACCCUCUUCCAAGGGGAGAUAAUUAAGAAUUGGUGAACAUUUGGUGUCAUCUUUUAAAAAUCUUCUUCUCAAGAACCAUUGGGCUAGAAAAAUUGAAACUUAUUUGAAACCUUCAUUACAUAGUGUAGAUUCAAGUUUGUUCAAAUCAUGACCCCCUGGGGUAGGGUUGGGCCACAAUGGGGGAUCAAAGUUUUACAUAGGAAUAUAUAUGAAAAAUCUUUAAAAAUCUUCUUCUCAAGAACAACAAAGCCACCAUUAGUCAUAUUGAUAUGGAAUCAUCCUCAGGUAGUGUAGAUUCAAGUUUGCUCAAAUCAUGAUCCCCUAGGGUAGGGUGGGGCCACAAUGGGGGAUCAAAGUUUUACAUAGGAAUAUAUAGGAAAAAUCUUUAAAAAUCUUCUCAAGAACAACAAAGCCACAAUUAGUCAUAUUGAUAUGGAAUCAUCCUCAGGUAGUGUAGGUUCAAGUUUGGUGAAAUCAUGACAGACAAUCAAAACUUUACAUAUGAAUAUAUAGGAGGAAAAUCUGCUUACAAAGAACAACAAGGCCAUAUUGACUCAGGUUAGCGUUGUGGCCCAUGGGCCUCUUGUUUAAGUCACUUGAUUUGUUUUCUUUGUUUGCUGUAUAUCCAUCUGAGAAUAUUUCACUUAUGUCUGGGUGCCAACAAUAACCAGUGGAAGACUGAACAUUUAGACCUUUAUGAGACACCUAUGGCCAUUAAGCAAUCAGGGAUCUUGCUAGCAUCUACUGCAGCAUUUUUGGUUUGUUUGGUCUGAUUUAAGGGAUGACUUAACUUUCAGAUCAGUGAAACUUUAGAAGCUCAUUAAUAAUGAAAAGGUAGCUUGUGACCAGAGGUGUCUCUUGACCAAGGUCAUUUGGAUGAGUUCAAGGUCACUGGGCACAAGCAUAUUAAACUAUUGUUCAACACUGAAAUGGAUAAAACAGUAAUAGAAAAACAUAUACAUGUACUUGAAAUAAAGAUCUCUUGUGUCUUGACCCUGACUCGGGAAUUUUUUAAAAGGUCAAAAUCAAAAGUUUUAGAAGUCUGCCUUGGCUGUAGCUCUGUAGCUUAAGAUUAAGCUUAGAAAAAGAGUUGUUUGUGACCAGAGGCUGUGUAACACUGACAAUCUUGCAAUACGGUCACUUUGCCAAAGUCAUGGUCACUGGAAUUGCAGUGUAUAAUUCUUGUCCAUACCACAAUUUAUAACUGAGUAACUUUUGAAGAUCAGACUUGGCCUAAUAGUCAAUUAUGCUCAUAGGAUAUCAUCAUUUAGACAAGAUCAGGUUUUAGAUAACUUAUUUUAUUUUGUUAUUUUACUUUAAAUAGAAAGUGGAAGCUUAAAUUUUGUGUCAGGCUAUUUUAUGUACAUUGUAUAAGCCUAAUAUGUAUAAUGUGGACAACAAUGUGUUCUGUUUUUGCAAUUAUUAUAUGCCAGUUAUUUAGUUAUUUUUAUUUAACAAUGCAGCAAUUGUAGUCAUGUUAUGAUGUAAUGUAAACUUUUGAAAACUAUUAAGUGAUACAGGUAACUUAUUUAUCUAGAAAAAUACAUAUCAGGGAGGAUUAAGAUUUUGUAUUUUUAUUGUUUCUUAGUGUUCUCAGUGUCACUUAAUUUCUAGGAUUUAUUACAGGGGUGUUUCAUGUAGUUAAAAAGGAUACUAGCAUCAAGUUAUAUAUUGUUAUAUAUUUAGUCUAAAAAUCUUGUACAACAAAUACUUUUCUGCAAUGUGAUUGGCUGAAAUUACCUUUAAAAAAUAUAACAUUUUCCCUGUUGAUUCUGAUAAUACAAGCAUAUUGCAACUCUUUAGGAAUGAAUUCAGUGAAGAUUGUCAUUUGACAGCUUAGUGACUACAUUGACAUCAUUAAAGUCGUAGAAGUAAGGAAAUCAGUGGUAAAUAAGUAUUAGAGAAAAUUGUUAAAUUUGGUUCUUAGUGUCACAGAAUGAAGAGUAUACAUAUCUAUUUUUGAAUUUUUAGCUCACCUGAGUCAAUCAGGUGACCUAUUGCUAUCUUUUUUUGUUGAUCAAUGUGCAUUGUCCAUAAACUUUUGAACAUUCCCUGAAUCUCUUUAGAGGAAGAGGAAUGAACGAACCAAUUUUGACCCUUUGGUAUAUAGCAUCUAUGGAUAAAAGGGAACUAAUAAUUUGAAUUUCAAGUCUCUGCCUUCCUGGGGAGAUUGGACCAAGUUCUUCUUGUAUUAGAUUACAUUACUCCUUUGAAAAUCUUCUUUACUCAUGGAAUCUAGCAGGCAGAUUGUUUGCAAGUUUAAGUGAGCAACUAGUCGUCUACAAAUCUAUAAAAUUCAGUUUCCCUAGGAUUAGGGAUCAAAGCCCAGUUUAGGACUAAGUAAGUAAUAUAAGAAAUUUAUUAUUUAUUUUCUUUACUCCUGUACAUCGAGGAGACAAGCUGAAUGAGUAGGAUAAUGAUUGCAGUCUUCACCAAACUGUUUCUUUUUUCACAUGAGACCAAAUUUCCAGAUGGGCUUAAGAAGUCAUAACUUAAGAAUCUCAUGAUACUCAGGUGACUGUCAAGGCCCGAUGCCUCUUGUUUAUUGAUGCAGUGAAAUUGCAGAUUUAGAGCUGUUUGUGAGUCAAAGAAGAAAUACUGCCAAAUUAUGGUACAUUAUUUUUUGAUACAGAAUUUUAUUAAGUUACAGGACAUUAUUAUUAUUUUCUUUUUACAGAAUUUGAAUUAUUGUUAUUUUUUGUGGACUUGAUUUAAUUUUUUUAAAGACCUAGUCUUUGGUUUGCAUUUAAAAAAAAAGUAAACAU